AGCUCACACGUCCUCGACACCAUGUUGCUCUUAGCUUUGUUGUUAAUAUUUAGUAUUGUAAUUUAUUUAUACACGACACGAAAUCAUAAUUACUGGGCGAAGAGGGGAGUACGUCAUGAUCCACCGGUACCGUUCUUCGGAAACCAUUUUCGCAACGUCUUCGGUCUUAAAAGUAUAAUUGAAUUGUCGGUUGAGCUUUACAAUAAGUAUCCAAAUGAAAAAGUCGUGGGCUACUACAGAGGCACCGAGCCGGAACUUAUAGUGAGAGACUUAGAUAUCGCUAAAAAUAUAUUAAUCGGUGAUUUCGUGUAUUUCCACCAUCGUGGCUUGGGAAGGAAUACAGAUCUAGAACCCUUACUGCGGAACUUGUUUCACGUCGAUGGAGAUGCAUGGAAACUAUUGCGAAAGAGAUUGACGGCUGCUUUCACGACCGCUAAACUUAAAGCCAUGUUCCCCCUGGUCAUUAACUGCGCCGAGAAGAUGAAGAGCGUAGCCGGUGAGUACGCUGGACGAGGAGGAGAGUGUGACGUCAGGGAGCUGAUGGCGCGGUUCUCUACAGAGUUCAUAGGCGCUUGUGGAUUUGGAAUCCAAAUGGAUACCAUCAACAAUGAAUGUUCGCUGUUUAGAGAAUUAGGAAGAUUAAUUUUCACGCGACAGGGUUUGAGUUUAGUAGCUAUUGGCCUGUGGGAUCUGUUACCGGAGCUGAGGAAAUACUUGCGCCUGCCAGGUAGCUCGGUUGAAGCCACUAUUACGGAGAUUUAUGAAAAAAUUCGGGAUCAGAGGAACGGGAAGCCUUGCGGGAGAAACGACUUCGUUGACCUGCUUCUGGAAUUGAAACAGAAAGGGGUCAUUGAGGGAGAAUCUAUAGACAGAUUCAACGCUGACGGCACCCCUGUUCAGGUGCAACUUGAAAUGGAUACUAAAUCUAUUGUGGCUCAGAUGUUUGUGUUUUUUGCGGCUGGAUUUGAGACUUCUUCGUCGGCGACCAGCUACACUUUACACCAACUCGCCUUCCACCAGGAAAUACAAAAAGAAAUUCAAUGCGAAAUAGACGAGGUAUUAUCGAGGCACGAUAACAAAUUGUGUUAUGAUGCCAUAUUGGAGAUGCCCUUGUUAACAAUGGCCUUUAAAGAGGCGUUGAGAAUGUUCCCGUCCCUUGGAAACUUGCAUAGAGUUUGCACGAGAUCAUAUACUAUACCAGAAUUAGGUAUUACCAUAGAUCCUGGCGUGAGAAUCAUAAUUCCCGCGCAAGCUAUACAGAACGACGCGAAAUACUUCGACGAUCCCAGCGAAUUUCGUCCGAAGCGGUUCGCUAAAGAUUCGGAGAUUAAAAAGUUUUCGUUUUUACCGUUCGGAGCUGGACCUAGGAACUGUAUAGGCGCUCGUCUAGGUGAAAUGCAGUCGUUGGCGGGACUGGCGGCCAUCUUGCACAAAUUCUCAGUGGAACCAGCUCCCAGCACAGUUCGUAAACUAAGAGUCAAGCACACACAAAAUGUAGUCCAAGGAGUCGAAGGAGGUCUACCGUUGUUGAUUAAAGAAAGAAAGUGAUUAUGAAAAGAACAGAAUUAAAAUAAUUAUAACCCCA